UCCCUCUAUCUCACUCUCUCUCUCUCUCGAAAAGCGCUCUAACGGUCUCCUUGUGAACCACAAAACCAUCGCUUCCCGGAGAAAUCUGAGGGAAUUGAGUCUGAGGAGUUCUAAUUGAUCGACAUGAAUCAAAGAGGAAAGUCCAACAAUCGUAGAUCAAGGAGCUUCUCUAGAUCCAGACUCGCCGUUGAAGGCCAUUGAAAUCUCCCUUCACAUUUCUCUUUCUCUAUCGUCUUCUUCCUUCUGAGUUUUCCGACGACCUCUCCAAAAAUGGCGACACCUUACAAGAAAGAGAGAGAUAUCCAAAAGAGUUACUGGAUGGAACAUUCAAGUGAUUUGACUGUUGAAGCUAUGAUGCUUGACUCCAAAGCUUCUGAUCUCGACAAAGAAGAACGUCCUGAGGUACUCUCUUUAAUCCCACCAUAUGAAGGGAAAUCUGUGCUGGAACUUGGAGCUGGUAUUGGUCGUUUCACUGGUGAAUUAGCUCAAAAGGCUGGUGAAGUUAUCGCUCUUGACUUUAUCGAAAGCGCGAUUAAGAAGAAUGAAAGUGUUAAUGGGCAUUACAAGAACAUCAAGUUUAUGUGUGCUGAUGUAACAUCUCCAGACUUGAAAAUCGCUGAUGGAUCUAUUGACUUGAUUUUCUCAAACUGGUUGCUUAUGUAUCUCUCUGAUAAAGAGGUGGAACUUAUGGCAGAGAGAAUGAUUGGAUGGAUAAAGCCAGGGGGAUACAUUUUCUUCAGAGAAUCUUGUUUCCAUCAAUCUGGAGACAGCAAGCGAAAGUCAAACCCCACCCACUACCGUGAACCCAGGUUCUAUACAAAGGUUUUCAAAGAAUGCCAGACACGUGAUGCUUCUGGGAAUUCAUAUGAGCUCUCCAUGGUUGGUUGCAAAUGCAUUGGGGCUUAUGUGAAGAACAAGAAGAAUCAAAAUCAGAUUUGCUGGAUUUGGCAAAAAGUUAGCUUGGAGAAUGACAAGGACUUCCAGCGUUUCUUGGACAAUGUUCAAUACAAGUCCAGUGGGAUCUUGCGCUAUGAGCGCGUCUUUGGGGAAGGAUAUGUGAGCACUGGUGGAUUUGAGACAACUAAAGAAUUUGUGGCGAAGAUGGAUCUUAAACCCGGACAGAAAGUCCUAGAUGUUGGUUGUGGUAUUGGUGGAGGUGACUUCUACAUGGCUGAGAAUUUCGAUGUUCAUGUUGUUGGAAUCGAUCUAUCGGUCAACAUGAUCUCUUUCGCACUGGAGCGUGCCAUUGGACUCAAAUGCUCAGUCGAGUUUGAAGUCGCGGAUUGCACCACAAAAACAUAUCCUGAUAAUUCCUUCGAUGUCAUUUACAGCCGUGACACUAUACUGCACAUCCAAGACAAGCCAGCUCUAUUCAGGGCAUUCUUCAAGUGGCUUAAACCAGGCGGUAAAGUUCUCAUCACCGACUAUUGCAGAAGUGCUGAAACUCCGUCUCCUGAUUUCGCAGAGUACAUAGAACAAAGAGGAUAUGAUCUCCAUGAUGUUCAAGCUUACGGACAGAUGCUGAAAGACGCAGGCUUUGAGGAUGUGAUCGCUGAGGACCGUACUGAUCAGUUUGUACGAGUCCUCAGGCGUGAAUUAGAUAAAGUGGAGAAAGAAAAGGAAGAAUUCAUCAGCGACUUCUCAGAAGAGGAUUACAAUGACAUUGUUGGAGGAUGGACAGCAAAGCUUGAAAGGACUGCAUCUGGUGAACAAAAAUGGGGAUUAUUCAUAGCCAACAAGAAGUAAAAUCCAUGUUUUUUACCCCAAAACUCUAUGGUGAUUCAUUUCCCUUCAAUAAAACUGUCCCUUUGGAGGACAAUAUCUGCUUGUUUUACCAUCAUGGAACUGCAAAUCAAAAGAAAAACACAUGUGUUGUUUCGAUUUUUACUGAGUCUUUGUGCCACAUAAAACCUGCAUUGCUUUGAUUUUCCAUAGAUGUUUUCAAAUA